GUGCAGCAACUUCCUGGACAGGUUCGUAGAGUCGUUAGUCAACUCGGUUACAAGAACUCUACGUAGUAUUGCGGAGUUUAAGAUUUCAAAUCCACAAAAUUUUUUAAUAUUUUAACAUUUUACAUUUUUUGGCUUGAGAGAAAUUUAUUGACGCUUACUUUCGCUGUUGUUUUGUGCCUGUGUUUAUGGAGGAGUGAUGUAAAAGCGCUAGCUAGAUAGCUAGCUUCUGGCUUUAAAAUGUUCGCAGAAAGUUGAGAGAGGUGCAUCAUGGAAAAGAAGAAUGGACCGACCUGUGACUUCAGGAAGCCAAAACGUUGGCCGUCAUGCCACAAAGCGUCUGGCUCCACCAGUAAACCCCUCUGCUUGAAAGGGGUCACUGCCGAGCUCUAUGGCUCAUUCAUCAGACCCCUCCGGCAGGGAAAAGGCCCCCGGGGCCCAGGCACCCGUGGCACACGCGGCUGCACGGAACAUUCUACGAAAGAAGGAGCAGCGGCGGCGAGGAAAUCGAUCUUCCUCUCCCAUGGGUCGCGUCAUCCUCAUCAACUCUCCUGUGGACGGUGGCGACGACAGCGAGGACCUUCACACCAUCACGGUGGACAAAAGCCGGGACGGCAAGCUGGGCUUCAGCGUGCGCGGCGGCUCCGAGCACGGCCUGAGCAUCUUCGUCAGCAAGGUGGAGGACGGCAGCACGGCAGAGGACGCCGGCCUGCUGGUGGGCGACAAGCUGGUGGAGGUGAACGGCGUCAGCCUGGAGAGCAUCACCAUGAGCAGCGCCGUCAAGGUGCUGACGGGAAACAGCCGGCUGAGGAUGGUGGUGAGGCGCGUGGGCAAGGUGCCCGGCAUCCGCUACUCCAAAGAGAAGACCACCUGGGUGGACCUGAUACACAGGCGCAUGGUGGUGGAGGAAAGUGGCCGCACGCCCUCGGACGCCAGCUCGGGAAGCGCCCUCCGCCGGAUCAUCCACCUGUACACCACCUCUGACGACUACUGCCUGGGCUUCAACAUCCGCGGCGGGAAGGAGUUCGGCUUGGGAAUCUACGUCUCCAAACUGGACCCCGGCGGCUUGGCCGAGCAGAACGGCGUCAAGAUGGGCGACCAGAUCCUGGCUGCUAACGGCGUCAGCUUCGAGGACAUCAGCCACAGCAGCGCCGUGGAGGUGCUUAAGAGCCACACGCACGUCAUGUUGACCAUCGAGGAAGCCGGCCGCUACCCAGCUUACAAGGAGAUGGUGGCGGAGUACCGAUGGCUCAACAAGUUGGCCAACAGGGGUCCGAAGUCUUCCUCUCUGGGCUCAGAAUCCAACUCCUCGGCAUCUUCGCUGUCCUCAGGCACUCCGGUCAGUUCUCUGAGCGGCCUGUCCCAGGUCAUGUUCCCCCCCAGUCUGCCGUUUGCCUCCGACAUGGUGGACGUGUGCAUCUCCACUGAGGACCAGAGGUGCGCCUCGGAGGAGCGCAGCGAGGCCGCCAUCCAGACGGACACCACCCGCAGCCUGGGGGCCACCACGCUGCUCCGGGAAACGGCCAUCCGCGAGGAGGGGGGCGUGAAGAGGGAGUCCCCCAAGACGGCGGUGCUGUUGGCUCUCAGCAGACCCAGCCGACCCAUCAGCCGCUCGCAGAGCCAGGUCACCGUGGCAGAGAUCAGCCAUAAAAAGUCCAAGAAGCAGAAAGGAGGGGGAAACUCUGAGGAGAAGAGCGCCCUCCAGCGCUCCAAGACCUUAGUCAACCUGCUCUUCAAGGGGGCGAGGAAGAGGAACGCCUCCAGGGGGCGCUCCAAGUCACCGUCCGAUGACAAGGAAGGUGUGAGCCUUGGUGGAGGUCUGAGCACCGCCGGUGGGACGCAGCUCGGCCGCACGCCAAAUUGCGAGACGCUGCGAGGGGUGGACGACAUGGCGCGCAGAUUGUUGACCGAGGAGGAGGCGGACGAGGUGAUGAAGGCGUGUCAGACGUAUGUGGAGGAAAGGUCAGUGGAGACGUUAAUACGCCACCUGCUGGCCGUGCUGGACAGGCCUGAGAAACUGCUGCUGCUCAGGGAGGUCAGAACGCUGCUUCCUCCCGCCCACCUCAGCGAGUUCAACAGCACCGUGGAGGCCGUGGAAGUGGAGGCCUACGACAUCCUCAAGUACCGUUCAGUCCGAACUCCGCCUCUUCGCUCUCCCACGUCCGGUCGGGCGCCCAAACGUCACCUCAUCACACCCAUCCCAGAUUGCAGAGGAGGCUUCGCGCUCCACAGUGCAGAGGUGGUGGAGAAGGAGAGCCACCUAGUGGAGAAGCUGGAGAAGCUCAGCCUAUCCAGCGAGAGAAGCCGCCACCUAUCCACGACCUUCACGCCGCUGCUGGACAUCCCGGUGGACGGACACCAGCCAGAGUCCACGAGGCCCAAACCCUCACCCAGGAGGCCCCCAGGCCCCAACUGGCUGCUCGCCCACAACCAGGACCCUUUGCUGAGAACAGACAUCGGAACCGUUCGCUCCGUGCACUUUGAGGACGUCAACCGUGACUCACCCGAGGCCGUGUUCAUGUUGCGCAAGAGUCGGCCAUCGCUGGCGCAAGUCUUCACCUCAGGAGGGCAGCUGAACGGCCAUCAGGUUCUCCCAGAGAAUGACACCAAGCUGGAUUAUGAGCUCCAAACUGUCUGCAUCUCCAAGACCAAGCAGUCCCUGGGCAUCAGCAUAUCUGGCGGGAUGGAGUCCAAGGUUCAGCCGGUGGUGAAGGUGGAGAAGAUCUUCCCAGGUGGAGCCGCCUCCACCUGUGAGGUGCUCAAGGCCGGGUUCGAGCUGGUGAGCGUCGACGGCGCCUCACUUCAAGGCGUCACCCAUCAGCACGCCGUUGACCUCAUACGCAAGGCCUUCAGUAACAAGGCCCAAAACCCCAUGGUGAUGGUGGUCAAAGUUCCUCACAAGCCUUGAAAAGAACACAAGGUGGUGACGCCUCAUUAGCACACCCUAGUGGUCAGUCCAUGCAGCACAGCACCCGUAGCAACAACAGCCACAAAAAUCAGCAUCAAAUUAUUAUUAUACACUUUCGGACAUUCACAGUUGAAUUAGUCAUAAGUUCAUGAAAAUAAAAAUAAUUAAAACAAUUCAACAACAAUGAAACGCAAUGAAAUGCGAUGCUUGACAUCCAAACUCAACUUGCAAGCAAAUGUUUGGCCACCAGGAGGCAGCUAAGCGCUGUCAUGGCAAUUUAACAACAGCACGAAAAGAAAAAAUACCAAAUUCACAUGUAACCUUUAAUAAAAACAGAGUGAAAAUAAAGAAAGCGGAACAAAACAACAUAAAAACAUUUCUUUGGUCUAUUCACAGUGGCUCUAUGACUUAUUUAUUUACAGCAAUCAGAAAACAAAGUCUUCCUCUUCCUGUCCUGGUGAUUGUACGCGUGGAAGAUGAGCCAUCGUGAAGUAUUUCUAUUCUUCAAGUAUUCAAAGAAAGCAGGUGGAUUGACUGCGGCAGUUUGUCAGCGUUACAAGAUGGCGCCGCGGUGGAGGCGGCCCUUUAAGGCAACACAAUUUUUUUGCAUCACGGUGAUCGUUUGCUGUUUUUUUUUUUCUUCCAUGCAGGCCGCAUGAUAAACUGAUAAACACUGAUGUCAUCUUCUGCAACAACUGGCUGAGUCACGUGGGCUACAUUUACGUGCAGGCAGCGUGGGCCGGGCGCCGAUGGCGGCCACAGAGCGGGUGGGAGUGUGGAGACCUCGUGGGAGCAGGAGGAGGCGGAUGACAAACAGGAAGAUUGUGACGUGUGACUGAUAAAAACAGCGAGUCAUAUUUCAGUGGCGGCGACGUCGUCAAAAAUGAUCUCGUUCCCGCUGCCGUCGUCGUCGUCUCUGUUCUCCAGCUCCCGGCUGAGCUCCC